CCGCGGGGCCCCACGUUGUCAUUGGCGGAAGUGCGACCGGCGCGAGCGGAUCGAUGCGGCCGACAUGAGCCGCACUGAAGACGCAGCAUGGAUGACGGCGACCUGCAGCCCGCCAGACGCUACCCGCCGCUGCAGAGGACGCCGCCCGACUACCAGACCGUCAUCAAGUUCCUCGUGAUGGCCAGCAUCCUGGACAGCGUCUGGGUGAGCGGGCCCCGGCAGACUGGUUCCUCGUGCGGGCUGACGGGCGCCACCACGGCCCCUCUCCGCCCCCUGGACCUGAGCCCGCCCUGCCCGCCGAGCCCGGAACCUGCCAACGUCAACAACGCAAGCCGGCUCGAGGUGCAGGAGGCCCUGCUGCAGCUCAACACCACCGCCAGGGACUGCCUGCGCCGGCCGGGGGAGUUGAGCGGUGCGUCGCCCACACUGCGGCGGGUGCUGAGCGUGCUCCUGUCCAACGCGUUCGUCGUCUGGUCCAACUUCGGCGCCGCGCUGGUGGCGUCGCCGCAGCCACGCUGGCUGCCCGGAGUACCCGGAGGAGGAGGCGACCCUGGCACUGCAACGUCGUGGAGGCUGCCCGGCCCGGACGACCUGGACGGCCUGCCCGCCGAGAAAGGAGCGACCUCCCCCGGGCCGUCCUCACCGAGGCCCUGGACGGCCGAAGCAUCCAGUGCAGUGCAGGACGAAGCGAGAGUGGACGCGGCCAGGACUACGGACAGUGUGCCGUGGUACGUCCAGCUGGCGUACUUCGCCACGCUGGUGGUGGUGGUCGUGGGCAUGCCGUGCUGCCCCGCCGUCCUGCAGAACGCCUGCGGCUUCCUUAUGUGCUGACACACUGUGAGACAAGUUGUUUGUGUUUUGGAAAAGAGUCGACCAGUUCAGUGCCACUGAUGAAAAAACCAACUAGACGUUGUUUUUAGUGUACUCCGCAAACCGCGGAGGUUCGUCGCUGAGAGGUAUCUAUGAUGCGUGCCUCGCGCGCAGUGUUUUACAAUGGACAAUUUGUCGCGAGUUCCUGAAGGCAGUUGCUGUGGUGCCUAUAGGCAGCGAGUAUUGUCUGCGCGAUCGUGGAGGUGAAAAUGGCUUGGAGUGAUGUUUGCCAAUCUAGUCUGAGUACUGUAAGUGAGCCCACCCGAAAAAUAGACUGAGGGAUUCUUACGUUUAGUUUAGUGUCCCGAGUGAAAUGCCCGGAAACCAUUUCCGUCCGAUUGUCUCUUUAUUGUUUGACUCGUGUAUCCCUUGUGUAGAGGAAACAAGUGCUGGGCAUGGAGGUGUUAAAAAUAGCUCGAAGCUGAUGAGGUCUUAGCAGCCCGUUGUCGCUUUUCUUGUUUUACGACAUCGCUGUCGGAGCGAACUGCUAAGUUCGGUGCCGCUCGGAGCAGUGGCUUCCCGGCGACAGCUUUUAUGUAACUGUGUCUCGAUACUUUGGCAGCGAUUUUACAAAAACGAAAAACAAGGUGCGUCGAAGGUCCUUGCGUUAUCGACUUUUUGACCAUCAGGUUUGCCCUCUGUUUGAUCAAACAAAACAUUGUCACUGCUAUUCAAAGUGUGACACUAUGCACUUUUUGACGUGUGCUCGUCCCGCACUUGGAUUAGCAGUGUGUUUGCGCCUCGCCGAAAAUGGGCGUCCCACGCAGUGCAGGCACUGCACGCUCAAACACCGUGGCGCGUGACACGGACGGUGUGGCUCUCACUUUCAAACGCGGGAGCGCGUUUCCACUGCAGGAGUCUCAGCGACCUCUGCUUUAUUUUGUGCUGUGACGACAUGAUGGUAGGUUAAAUGCUAAUUUAAUUUGUACAGUACAAUAUUUGGUCGUGUUUUAUUUUUGAAUUCUGUAAAAUAAACUUUGAUGAUUUCCCCCUCUAA